AGGUUGGGUGACCGUCGAAUUCUCCGGCUCGAGAGUAUGUUGGAAAGUCAGCAGCGAGGAGAGGGGGGAGACUUUGUUACUCCGCCCGAGAACUGUGGUGGGAGGGAGCUGAAGUGAAGUGUGUGAGGGCAGUGGCGAGUUGGGACGCGUCUUUGGAGAGACACGGUGCUGGAGAGGACCCUCCGUGAAUACAUGCUGUCAUCCCUCUCAAACGAGACACAUACAAAGACUUGUGGGUCCGUGUGAGUCGCGGCGGAGGCGUCUCAGUGGGUCAGUUGACUCUCCGGUCUGUUGGUUCGUCGGACUGUCCAUCCAAUGUGCGUAAAGGGGCUCUAUUUCCUCACCGUCCUGACUGGACUCGCAGUUUCAGGCGUGCUGCGGGUCAACGGGAUGCGUGUAUACACAUCUGGGGAAAUGGAGGCAGUCAAUGGCACAGAUGCUCGUCUCAAGUGCACAUUCGAGAGCUCCGCUCCCAUUAAUAUCAACUCCAUUGUCAUCACGUGGACCUUUAGACCUCUCAAACCAGGACGAGAGGAGUCGGUGUUCCACUUCCAGCAGCGAGCCUAUCCGCCUACAGACGGCAUUUUCAAGAAGCGCAUUGUUUGGGCCGGUGACAUCAUGGGCAACGACGCCUCCAUUAUAAUUCGUGAGGUCAAGUACACCUACAACGGCACUUACAUCUGCCAGGUCAAGAAUCCGCCAGACGUUCACGGCCCGGUGGGAGAGAUUCGACUCCGUGUUGUCACUACAGCGUCUUUCUCUGAAAUUCUACGCCUGGUUUUGAUCAUCGCGAGCAGCAUCGCCGGCGUGAUCAUCCUCCUCGUCAUCAUCGUGUCUUGCAGGAGGUGCAAGAAAAGGACACAGAGACACCUGGAAGGGAGCGAGGAAGCGCCUCGCAAAGAGAGAAAAGACCCCACUGCGUGCCAUCCAUCACGGGCCGUCCAUCUCUACAUGUCGUACACAUCCAUAGAGAUGGACAGUUCAGAUGGCAUGAUCUCAGAAGCCAGCACCAAAGACCCGAGCUCCUCGGAGGAGGAGGGCCCAAGCUCAGAUGAUGAUGAUGGUGACGAUGACUCCGACUGAGGAUGUGGGAACAGACAGAGAGACAACAACACUGAUGUGAAGCCAGCCAGGAAGUUUGCUGGAGGGAUGCCUACACGGCAUAUGGAUUAAAUUCCAGGAUUCUGCUAAAAGGAGGCAAAAUCAAAAGAGUGCUGUUGUUGUUGCUGCUGCUGCAGUGUGAGAAACAAGCACGCUCUCUCUGAAUAGAGGGAAAAAGGAAAGAAAGUUUUGUGUUUAAGUUUCCACUGAAGAACAGUUUGGAGCGAUGCCUUGGCGAUGGCUUUGAAACAGAAUCAAAAGGAAGCAGCAGUCUGCUUUUGAAAGUGACCAAAAAUAUUCUGGAGUGUGAAGAAAUGCUGUGUCAAACCAGCAGGGCUUAUGAAGUGAAAGGCAAUAUGUUCCUGAAGCUGGUUCAGCCUCAGUUAUGAAGGGGAAGAGGGGCAAUUUUGUGUUCAAUAAGAUCUUGUUAAUUGUCAGGAGUCAAUAUUAAAACAAAAUCAGCAACAACAAACAAUUGAUUUCACCAAGGACGCUGACAUAUAGAGUACUGUGCGUCCUGCAGUAACAGUGAGGACAGUCAUACACGGCCCUUUACUUUUGGUGUACGUCUGGAACUUUUAACAAUGAAUUCUAUUUUUUUUUU